AUGGUUUACAACUACACUAGACCUCGUGGUCCGAUCGCCGCAAUGUAUAGCAGCCCAGGACCAUGUUAUGCGCUUCCUAGUUUGGUUGGCUUUCCAAAUCACGACCCUCGUUCAAAUCAUCUCCGUGGAGCACAGUGGUCUUUCGGAAUUCGACACGAAAAGUUCAACAGUGAAUGUAGCCCAGGACCGUGUUAUUAUCCUGACUCGAAAAUACUACGUGAUGGCAAAGAUGGGACACCACACUACUCACUAUAUAGCCGUCAGAAGGAAGCAAUGAUAUUUUCAAAUCCUGGUCCAGGAGCCUACACUCCUGAAAACAGUGAUCACUUCGUUUUUAGUAAAGCCCCGGCGUACUCAUUAAGCUCUAGAAACAAGGAGUUCAAGGUGGACGAUGUUCCAGGUCCGAAUAGAUACAAUAUAGAUCCUAUGCUCGGAAAGACAGUUAGAAGUCAAAAGCAAUCAGCCCCAGCAUACUCGCUGUCCAGCAGAACAAAGCUUUUUGGUGCUGCUGAGACACCUGGAGCUGGAGCAUAUAAUAUCACUGAUCUUAACUUGUACCGAGAAGCUGCCCCUAAAUAUUCUGUAACAGGAAGAAAUCAGCUGCCAACCGACACUACGAGGAAGCCAGGUCCAGGCGCUUACUAUCCCGAAAGAGUUCACAUGAAUUCACAAUCUGCUCCACAGUAUUCAUUUGGAAUUCGCCAUUCUCAGUAUAAGGGCGAAUUCAUAACAGACGCUGAUCUGGAUCAAUAA